AUGUCUGGGAAAGAGGAAAUGGAUGUGAUCUGCAAGGGAGUAGCGGAACUGACGCUGCUGUCGUUUAGAAAGUUGGAGGAAGUGAGGCGGCUGGCUCGACAUAUGAGGAACAUCAUUAAUCAUCCAUUAACCAACAAGAGCCCGGCCAUACUACGCUACUUGAGAGACUUGGAUGAAGCUCAUAGGAAUAUAUUCCUGAAGAAACGGGAGGGAGUCGAAGUUGAAUAUAUAUUUACUACGGAGAAGAAGAGCAGCCUCCAAAGACAAAGGUUUAAUAGUCUCCCCGUCAGCGAUGUACCGGAAAUAUUAAGAGCGCAGUUCUCUAUAGCUGACAACGCGAAGCAAGUUCAUAUUUGUGUGGACUGUGAUGUUGAGAUCGAGCUCGGAGAAGAUAUACCACUGAUGGAAUCCCUGCAGAAACAUUUCAAUCUGGAAGUGCAUUUACCCAAGAUGAAGAGGGAGAGUGUGGAUGUAGCUGAACCGAUAGUACUACCGAAGAUGUCCAGGCGUUUAUCUGCUAUGGGAGGAGGGGAGAGCGGCCAGCAUAUAGAACAACUGAUGCAUCUCAUGAAACCUACGGAGAGAUUGGAUAAAACGUUCUCUGCGAAACUUGAGACGGCUUUAAUAAGACACUUAUCUGAUAAAUCCGAGGCGAGCAUUGACGCGGCGGUCAAAUACUAUCAGGAGGUAUACGAUAAACUCUGCCAAGAAGUCUCCGGCAUAGAUUUCUCUACACAGACAAGCUCAGUAGCACCUAUCAUUAUGAGCAUCAAGGACAACGUGAACCAAAACUUCGCGGCUGAUGCCAACAAGAACUACGAAAAUGAUGAAAAUGACAGACCGGCCAAGAACCAGAUGAAGAAAUACCGCUACUACGGACCCAUAGAGACGUUUAUAACGACAUUACUCAAGAACCACAAGUUACUAACACUAGCUGAUGACCGAACUGGAAAACUAGCCUUCUUCUGCAUGGCGUGCGAGUAUUACACGCUAAGAUUCCGCUACGACAGCGUUUUGAACCACGUGUUCAGCGACACACACAUACACAACCUCGCUUACAUCCUGCAGUCGGAUAAAAACAUUCCAUACGCGAUGGGCGACACCGCAAUCACUGACUUAAACAAUAAGUUCCUCUUCAACUUCGGCGUGACUAGAGACUCGCGCGGGCUGAGCUGCUCGCUGUGUAAAUACUCUAUGGAGACAAACGACAAUGUGAUAUUGCACAUACUGGAUGAGAAUCAUCUAGGACGACUCUCCGAUAAGUUGUACAGGAAAAUGAAGACGGAUUCACCAGAUGGGCAGACUUCUGAUGAAUGGGGACCCAGGAGUUUAGACUGGGCUAAGUUCUUGGCGACUGUUGGCAAACCAUUGAACAACAGAGACCAUGUUGUCAUAGAGAACUUCAUACGCCCGUCUGGAAAGCUAGCCAAUUACUGCUCGUGUUGCGAAAUGACCUUGAAAGGUCCGCGGCAGGUGCUGUUCAACCACAUCCGCCAGAAGAAGCAUCUCCGCAACGCCGCCCCUCACAAGUUAUCCCUUCUCUACAAGAACCAAUGCCGACCAGCUGAAUACUACGCCAGUUUCGGCAACUUCUAUAUAUGCACUAUCUGCCCUACAUACAUCGCGCUGCCGUCCUUCGCAGCCAUCGUAGAACAUUUCGACAGCAUCAUCCACGUGGAAACGAUCGCUAAAUUCAUCAACUGCGCUCUAUAUCCGGACAGCGAUGAUAAAAUACUCGCUACCAACAGCAUUUCCACUUCCAACGGCGUCCAUUGCGACCUCUGUGAUAUAUCUCUUUCUGACAUCACUUCCGCUGUCAACCACGUGCUAGCUGACAUCAAUCAUCAGAACCUGAUAGCUGAAAAUCGUCUUAAAGCCAAUAAAGGCGAUAUAAUAAGCGUUUACAUGCGCGGGAACCAUAUAUUGCACAACGAAGGCGCGGAGUUUAAAUGCGUGGAUUGCAAAGAGGUGUUCAAAUCAAUCCGCUCCUUGCUAACCCAUCUGGUAUACGCGGAACAUUUCGUCAACAAGCCAUCCCCGGAAAACGUGUUCCGUUUCUAUCUCGAGCUGAAACAUAACAUAUUAAUGCUGUCCAGAAAUAAAUACGAUUACUACGACUUUGGAAAGUUGAAGUGUGGUGUUUGUGAACAAGAUGUAGAGGAAAAUGAGAACGCCAAACGCCACGUAGUGUCGCAGAUACACAGAGAUAACAUGGGGGCCAGUUAUAUUAAUGUUAGUUUAGACGCGUCUGCUAUGGAAUGA